CAAUUGACAACUCAUUUGAUUGAUUGUUGCUGAUUGUUGUAAAGAAAAGUUUUCUACUAGGGAAACAGAAAAAAGUAUCCUUAUGGCAAAAAUGGCAGAGACUGUUUUGUCGGAAGAUUUGAUUUUAGAACAGCUGGAGAGUUCUAUGGCGCGUGGCAUAAAUAUUGUUGCCACAGAAGAAAAUCUCUUUGCUAUACACAGUAAGAUUCAAAAACAUCUGAAAAAUGAAAAAGCGUUAACGAAAACGGAUAUAUUAAAACUCGUGACGUUUUUGGACAAAAUGGAGUGUUCUGGUGAAAGGCUUACCGUGAUAUCACAAUACGCAGAGCAAGUCCUUUUCAACAUUCUCGUCAAACAAAGUCAAGAAAGUUGUUCUCAAUUGGCGACUACCAGCUCAACAGUAACACAAAAUUUAGACCACGCAAAUGAUGAUGGAACACCAAAAUCUAACACAUUUGAGCAAGUAUUCAGAACUGAGUCAAAUUUAUUUCCUACUCAGUCGAGUGAUACGAAUUCAUGCGCAGCUGAAGCUUCAAGAAAUUAUAAUUAUACAGAACCAGUCCAAAACGAGGAUGUUUCUAUAAAUUCGUAUAAUCUUAAUCCUUCCGCAAUGCUGGUUUUAAACUUGGACGGGAACAAUGAAGUAAGCGAUAAUACAAUAUAUCUUCCUUCCCAGUUGCUUACCAAUAAUAAUUUUGUUGAAGAUACAACACGAGCUCAAAAUUCACAAAAUAAAGAUGUUACUGAACAGGACAAGUUUAGUAGCCCUGAACUAAUAGAAUUUGAAAAUGGGAAUACAAUAGAUAAUGACGAUUUAACUGAAAUCCAUACAUUUACUCUGAACAAUGUUUAUGAUUCUACAGAAACAUUCAAGGCGAGCCAAGAAAUAAUCAGUAAUUCUAUGAGAAUAAUUAACAGAAAAUCAUCAGAAGCAUCAGAAGAAAGUAUAGUUUUUGAUAUAAAUCCUGAGACUACUACUACUGGCAUAGUUAAUGAUAAAGUCACUAACGAUAUCAAGGAAUUAUCAGAUAAAAUGAAAACCAGUAUUGUUUUAAACGACUCGGAGGAUAUUAUUCAUGAAACACCUUUAAUUAUUGAUGAAACGCCUUUGAUUACUGAUGAAACACCUUUAAUUAUUGAUGAAACACCUUUAAUUAUUGAUGAAAUACCUUUAAUUAUUGAUGAAACACCUUCUGUUUCAAUAAGUCCACAAACCCGUACUAGAAGUUAUACUCAGUCAAAAAGCUUUUUGAAUUUUUAUAAAAGUAGCCCGAGCAGGAGCAACAUUUGUAAGAGAAGAAAAGUUAAAAAAUUUGAGAAAACGUCGAUUUUCAAGAAUGUCAUGGGAAAAAGUAACAUAGAAAUGAUGCCAGGCAGUCAGACUAUUUCUGAACUCUCAUCAGAUCCUAAAGAUAUUACGCCACCAGGAAAUGAGCUUAUUAACUCCUCAACAAUAUCAAGCGACCAAACCAUAAACUCCUCUUCGACUGGUUCUAGUCGAUCAAAUUUAAGCUUAAAUCGUGUGGUAAUCAAUGGAUCUGAAGUGACAAAUGAGCAGGCAUCAGCCCAAAGGAACAACGAAGCGAUACAAGCCGAAAAAGAAUUAAAGAUGGUCAAGGAACAGAGAAAUAAAUAUCGAGAAAAGUGGGACACAAUGUCCGUAAAAGAAAAAGUUAACGCGAAGUUCGUAAAAAAGUUUCAGAUUAAUAUUUUCGAGGAUCCAGUUGAUUCUUUGCUGAAUAUAGAUUAUGAGACCAACCCAAAUAGUUUCUAUUAUAAGCGUGUAACCAAAGACGAAAUGAAUGAAAUAUUAAAAAGCCAUAACAUCGAAUUCCUUACCAGAAAUCUAAAAGAAUCAAUUAGAGAUGCUUUUACUGACACAGCAGCUAAGGCUAAUAAGGAGAAUAUGGAGAACUACAGUUCUUCGGAUGAAGACAAGGAAGAACUGAAUACGUUUGUGGAAAGGGCAAAAACCGAAGCUAAAAGUAGAAUGAGAGUAAUUCAGAAGGAAUGGGAAGACACUGUAAUGAACAUGAAGUCAAGUGUGGCAGGGUCAAUGCAUAACGAACAUUGCGACGGUUACGAUCGCUUAGCGGAAAAUAUUAAACAAAAUGGCGAUUACAGAUGGCUUCUAGAUAAUUAAUUAUUUGAAAGAAUUUCUUUAAUUUUAAUAGUUUAAUUUUAAUCGAUGAAUACUAUACUAUUCAAAAAAGAUUUUUUCGCUUAUCUGAUUCAUUAAAAAAAUUAGGAUAUAAUUUAUAUCCAAAUUUGAAUGUUUCCUGUUAAAGUUGAUCUGGUUUAACUAACUAAAACACUAAAUCACCACAAUACACCAAAACACUAAAAUGUUUUGGUGGUGAUUUGGUGUUUUAUUUGGCCCUGUACAUUGCUGUUUCUUUUUUGGAUUUUGAGUAAACGAUUUAGUUUAUAACAAAAAUUUUAAUUCUGAACUAUUUGCCGUCCAUUAGGUAAAGGAUAAAAAUAAAGAAUUAUAAUUUUUUGAUAUACAUUUUGUUUUUCUCAGUACAUAACAAUUUUAUAAUAAAACAACUAUCCGUAAAACUAAAAAGUAUGUAUAAAUAAAGAUAAAAAGUUGAAGGAAAGUUAUAUAUGUUUGGGAAAAAAAUCAAUCAUAAAAUAACUCUAGUUUUAUACAUUUUACAAAAUUAAUUUCAUGUUUAACUUGUAUAUCAUAAGUAUAGUUUUCGUCGCAUAUAUUUAAAAUGUUUACUAGAAUUUAAUAAUAGUAUGACACGACUAGUGUAUGUAUAAUCUCUAUAAUUUUUUUUAUACUUUCACAACAAAUAUAGUAAAUCUAGUGCUUUGAGUUUGUCCUCGCGAACCGUACU